GUAUAUCAGCUGGUCAGCACUUUACACAUACAGGAGGGAUAUCAAAUACAUUAUGUCUGCACCCAAAUCCAGAAUACGCAAGUUACUCGGAUUCUAUAGAUACCUCACAAUGGAUUUAUAAUAUUGAAUACAAGGUCAGUGCAUUCAGUCCUUUUGAACAGCCAUUACAUCACCAUGAUGCUCCUUGCGCAGUUUGUCUCCUGGAGACUCGCGGUACCAAAGUAAUGAUACCCGGUCGAAACAUUUGUCCAUCCGGCUGGACAAUGGAAUAUAAAGGAUACCUGCUAAGUGAGUCUUACGCGAGCAAAGGCCGUACCGCUGCAGUUUGCGUCGACGAAAAAGCAGAACCAUUGCCUGAAACCAGUGCUGACAGUGGUGGCAGUUUGUGGUAUUUGGUUCAGGGAACUAAGAACCCGUAUAUUAGCGGACAAGAGCUUACUUGUGUUGUCUGCACACGAUAA